AUGGCUCGCCCCGUUGCGCGAAGCUCUUUCGUUCAGCCAAAGCAAAUGAACCCCUCCGUAUACUUCCAGGCUGUACGAUGCUACGCCGCGAGCGCUGGUCUGUCAAAAGAUGAGGUCACUGGCAGGAUAAUGGACCUUUUGAAGAACUUCGACAAGGUCACCGAUGCCUCCAAGUUGAACGGCGAAUCGCACUUCCACAACGACCUCGGUCUCGACAGUCUGGAUACCGUAGAAGUAGUCAUGGCGAUUGAGGAGGAGUUCAGCAUUGAAAUCCCCGACAAGGAGGCCGAUGCCAUCCACAGCGUCAAGCAAGCAGUGGAUUACAUCAUGGCUCAGCCCGAUGUCCGACACGGCGUAUGCGCAGCCCAAGCGCCCUCAUCCCUGCGCCCGUUGAGGAGCAUCACCCAUAAUUUCAACAAACACUCCCCACCCGUUCCACAACCACACCUGAUGGCUUCUAGCUCUGGUCUGACGCGCCGGAGAGGAGGCGGCGGCGCUGCCGGCAACGGCGAGGACGAGGGCAGCCGGGUCAGCUCGCCAGCACCCAAGCGCAACGACGACCGCACCCCCGAAACCUCCUACGAAAGCUCCGAGAACGGCCACAAGAUUGCAUUCGAUCCCCGCGAUAUCAGCGAAAAUGCAGAGAGGAGCAAACAGCCAAAGCUGACGCUCAUGGAGGAGAUUAUCCUUAUGGGACUGAAAGACAAACAGGGAUACCUGUCGUUCUGGAACGACAACAUCUCCUAUGCGCUACGAGGAUGCAUUGUCAUAGAACUGGCCUUCAGAGGCCGUGUGAGCAUGCAGAAGGACUCGAAUCGACGCCGCUUCCCCCUCGCAGACAGGGUCAUCGAAGUUAUUGAUGACACGUUGACUGGAGAGGUCCUACUGGACGAGGCCCUGAAGAUGAUGAAGUCGAGCGAGAAGAUGAGCGUCAACUCCUGGAUCGAUCUCAUGAGCGGAGAGACAUGGAAUCUCAUGAAGAUUGGCUACCAACUGAAACAAGUACGCGAACGACUAUGCAAAGGCCUCGUCGACAAGGGCAUCCUGCGCACCGAAAAGAAGAACUUCCUCCUGUUCGACAUGGCUACACACCCCGUUGCAGACGGCGGCGCAAAGGAGGAGAUUCGACGUAGAGUCCGGAACGUUCUCACCAACCGUACCGUGGUCCUUCCUGGCAGCCAGUUCCUCCCCGAAGAGUUGGAGUUCAGGGUGCUUCGAACCAUCACCAUGGUCUGCGCCGCCUAUGCCGCCAACGUACUGGAGAAUGCCUUGACAACGUUGGGUCACGAAGCGCGGGAACGGGCUUUCGCUCAAGUGGACGAAUUGCUGGCAGAGUACUCACAAUGGCCCUUUGCAAAGAGGCAGGGGGGUUCACAGGGUGUCGGCGCAAACUUGGGUCAGCUCAUCACUGACGAAGUUAAUGGUUCCAAGGAUAAGGAGCUUCAACUUGAGGUUGUUGCUGCGUGCUUGAGUGUCUUCACUCGACUUGACUCAUUGCUUUGA